AUUACAAAUAAUUUAUAUAUAGAAUGGUAUUGCUUCAAUCAGUUUAACAGACUUGUUUUCAAUAUGAACUUUUUUAUCAUCACGAUUUUUGUACUUUGUUGGGUACAGAGCCACGCAUUCUGUGGAGGGCCGAGGCUCAACGGUGAUCUUGCUCGAGCAGCGGUCAAGGGAACAGAGUUCAUACGAUCCAAACUAGCAGACGAAAACACCGUUACAUUAGGAUACAUCCGUGCUGCGGCCUUUAACUCCCUUCGCCUCAAUGGUUUUACCAUUGACAUGAUCUCCAAGCUUGGAGUCGAAAAGAUCGGAGAGUACAUCGACAAGGAAGGGCUGAACAACAUUACAACAGGWCGMUUGGCUUACAUAGUGUUUGGUGUUAAGGCCAUUUGCAAAGAUCCGAGAGCUUUCCAUGGUUAUAACUUGAUUAAGAGUGUUGAAGAUGGCAUAAAGAAGUAUCCCAUUGUUGGAUUCAACCACCCAUUCCAGUACGCUCUUGCUGUUCUGUCUCUGUGCACCAGUGGCUACGGCCAGGCAUCCUACGAUACAUACACCAAGAUUCUAGACAAAAUGAUAAGAGACAACCAGAAGUCGGUUCAUGCAGUUGACACAAUCGCUAUGGCAACCAUGGCUUUGUCUUGUAUGUACGACAGACAGCGACCUCGCAAUUUGGUUUGUUGGUACAGAUACUGGUACCGGAAUGCUGCUGACCGAAAGCUGUGUAGAGCCAGGUCCAAGUUGAGGUCGAUCUUGCGGUUUGCUACCAGAUGGCUGAGAAGACAACAGAAGAAGGAUGGCAGCUUUGGAAAUAGCAUCACCAGUGCACUAACUGUUCAGGCUCUCUUGUCUGCUCACAUCAGACCCUUUUUUUGGCGCUGUUACAAGACGAUGAGGUACAUCCUAGGAGAACAAGCAAGUGAUGGGUAUUUCAAUUCUCCUUACGUGGCAUCAACAAUGCAAGUAACGCCUUCUCUGAUUGGUGCGAUCCCGAGUGACAUCAAUCAUAUUCAGUGCCCGAAGAACUCCUCAAAUGGAAACGCAAAUCCAAUCCAAGURUGCACAAAAGUAGAGUUUCUUACCAACCCAGCCAACGUAUCAGCCCCACCAAACCCAAGCCCUGUCCACCUCACAGUAGCAAACGGAACCAACGCCUACCACAUCCUCACACUGGCUGCUACUAAAAAUCCCUGCUACAAGUUCACCGCUAAACUAUCAGCUUWUGGUCACUUCAUCACGUCCAUCUGCGGUGUGAAACAAGAACCAGCCAACAAGAAAUAUUGGAUGAUCUACUCUGACCCUAAUACCCUGACACCAACUGGGGUCGAUAACUAUCGCCCUAAGGAUGGCCCGUGCGUUAUCUUUAAGUUCCAGAAAUUGAACUUUCGUUAGAGCAGUGAAAACCACAGGGAUCCCAGUCCGUUUGUUUGAAACCACAAGGAACCUGAUUCUCGCCAAAAUAGACUAAGAUAAAACGUAGGUAGGAAUGGUAGCAAAGAAAACAACUUGUGUAAACUAGUAUAGGGCAAAGAAUUUAAAUAAAAUUUCAAGAUAAACAAAA